CCCCCUUCGUCUUGUGUAUGCGUUGGUGUUUGUUUGCGUUGGUCUUAGAGAGACGAGUCCUCUUCGUACUUCCUCCUCUUUUCUCCUCUUCUCUCUCCCUCCCUUCCACUCUUGCGCCGAUUGCUGGUGCCAAUAGCGGCCGCGAGCUCGAGUUGAUAAUCACAACGGAUAGAGAAAUCUCUUCCGAGUCUUAAGAGAUAUUUUUGAGCACUUUUGAAUACAAUCCCCGCCUGUAAGGGCGAUUCAAGUGCGCAGAUGUAUGUAUGAGUAUUUUGUGGCGCAGUGGUGAGGUUUGUGAAUGCUUACUAAUAGGAUUUGUCGAUGCGUGGGAUGGAAUAGGAUCUUACUGAGGAUUUUUGGCGGCGUAGCGCGUUCCUCAGAAAUUUUCCCGAUUUUUUUUGGUUUUGGAAGGGAGAAGUGCCUUUUGGUAAUGGUGUUUUGGUCGAGUGGUGUCGGUUUUUUUUUGUUUUUUUUGUUUUUUUUUUCUUCUUUUAUUAUUGCGGAGUGUUUCGUGCAGUUGGAUAAGGGUUUGAGCGUGUAUUUAUUUCGAGGAGCUGAGAUCCUGCGUGGAUAUGCGUCGCAGUGAGCGGUUUCGCCGUCUUAUCUGUUGAACGAAUCCGUUUUGUGUUGCAGGUGUUUUAUUUAUUGAUUUAUUUAUUUUAUUUUUAUUUUUUCUUCUUGUCUUCGUGUUCGUGAGGUUUUUUCUUAUUUAUUUCUUUUCAAAUUUUGUGUGGAUCGUCAUGUGAAGCUCGAGUUUAUCGAAUCAAAGGAGUGCUACACACAGGAGGGUUAUAUUGUUGCCAUGGAUUUUAGAGCUCAACAUGUUGACUUGGAUUCAUUCUCAAUAGCUCCUGCGUUGUGGCGUGCUUCAUUCUGGAUCUUUUUGGCGAUGUCUGCCUCAAGGAUUUUUUAGCCUUCUUAAGGCAAUCUGUUUUUAGUCCCGGUUACUCAUUAUUCCUCUUGAGACCAAUUUCCUAUCCAGCAGUGUCCUAAUUUUAUUCGGAAGAUUUUCGGUCUUCUUUGCUGUGCUGCUUAUUCCUCCGUAUUUCCACCUACAUAUUGGAUUUCUUCGGAUUUGUGUGAAAUCUUUCAACAAUUUCUUUGUGGAAGCCUAACUCCAUUUGGUUGGAGGCAUUUCUCAACGGCGGACACUAUCUUCUCUCUUGCAACGUGGUGCUCUCUCCUAUCCAAUUUCAUUCAGCGUUGCGAUAUUCCAGCCUUGCUAAGCACAGUCAUGCCAACCUCGUAUCUGCUGGAUCGUUUGAGACAGCUGUAGUCAAAGUCUUUUGUGAGACGCUCUACACAUUUCUUUUGCAGUCAAUUUUGUAUUUGGAUGUCUUAUUUUGUCGAGUUAUUUCUCAAGUGCGUCCGUAACACGUCAUUGUCUUGCCGUCUUUCAUAGGCAAAUAUUAUCGGUCUCUGCGGUUAAGCCGAAUGAAUAUGCUAGGUCUAAAUCGUAAAGAGACACCGCCUUGAGAGUUGACUUCUUUCCACAUUCUGUUUCUAUAGCGCUCUCUCAUUCUACUUGUACUGGGCAUUUUUAAAGGAGGUUUCAGCGUUCCAGAGUUUUCCUUUAUUUUAUUGCAGAGUGUCGUAUUUCUUUAGGUCUCAUAUCGUGUCAAUCCCAUCGCCUCUACGCUACCAUUGAUAUUUGGUCUUUCGAGAAAUCGAUUGACGAUUGAACGUUCGAGUUCGUCAUUGUCAACCGCUCGCAAGGUUUUCUCAGGAGAUUAUUCUCCAAAUUUUGGACCUUCUCGCUACAUUGGUCAAUCUUAUCUUCCAACGAUUCCCUCUGUUUUCAUUUAGGGAUCCUUCGGUUAGCGGCGGGCUACCAGAUUAUUUUUGGGGACAACUAAUUUAGUUUAUCUUCUUUUGACCCAUAAUUUCUGGGUUUAUGAUAUUGAAAUCGAGUUUUUCUGUGUUUUAGAAAAAGUCUCAUCGGAGAGGGUCUACUUUCUGGUAUAGGUGGCCUAUCCUGCAGUUUAUUUUCAUUACCCUGGUUUGGCCUCAGCUUCUGCUAUCCCUGAUUUAUUUCCAUUUCAUUUCCGAGGUCGAAUCCACUCUGCGUGCGUCUCAGCAUUGUCCCAACCGGCCUAUCCAGGUUUUGUUAAGCGUUUUCGAUUUAUUCUGAACGACAGAGCCAUCAUCCGCCAGUUCAAUCCAGAUGGGCCGGGCAAAGAUAGUUUACAAGAAGGUUACAAACGGUGGACCUGCUGAAUCCAAGGAAAUUGCUGCGAGUAGUGCGUCGAGUCCUGCUCCUGCUCCGAAAAAAAGAGGUCGGCCUCGGAAAAUUCCAAAGGAAGAGGUUCUUGCUCCUGUUGUAGAGGAGUUAAAGGCUGAAGUGGUGAGCAACGACAUAUCCCAGUUGUCUGUGACGGACUCGGGAAAGAAACGUAGUCGCACAAUGAAUGGAGACGAUUCCUCAGCCGAUAAGGUUGAUGAAAUCAACAGGGACGAACCAAUCAAGCCAGUGAUUACCAGACGUCAGGGUAGCCGGAGGAAGAGCGAGCCUAGGCGGGCUGCAGGAGCGUUUAUGGACAGCAACUGACGCAGAAUUAUGGCCACCAACAUCCCAGUUUGUUUUCGCAGUUUUGUUUGUGGGAAGUAUCCCAAAUUCUUCUCCAGUUUUGUAGUGAUGCCUCACUCGGUAGCCACCGUUCCGUGAGGCAAAGCAACUUCCAAACAUAAACUCAGGCAAGAUUGAACUUAUUGCUUCUCAUGGUAAAAUUGAGUGAAUUUAUGUUACCUUUGGUUGUGAUCUAUCUUUCGGGCAGCCCUCGUGGGUGAAGUGACGGAGUGGAUGGAGUUGAAUCGCACAGACUUCACCAAGUCUCUGAGCUAACUCAUAAAACGUAUCUACGUGAAUGAUUUUUCUACAUUCCUUUAUCAGGCAAGGCUGCCACAAAAAUUAACAGGCGAGCUAUUAUUGGAGUUAAUUACAGAAUAUGUGUUUAGCGCUGCUGCUAGGACGUAGACGAUAGUUUAGGUUUACUAUGAGCCUUUGUUCAAGUAAAUCCCAAUGAACUGAUUGGUAGAGGAUCAUGCCGUUGAUACUGCAUCUCCUGGAUGCUAUGUUAGUCUCUCAUGGCUUUGACGAAAUCAAUACAGAGCUUGGGAUUUUUAAAUGCCUGGCAUCUAUAUUCUUCUUA